AAAGAGCGUUUAGAGGCAAGAUGUAAAUCUGCCCAUGUCCUUAAUUUAAACCCAGGUUUGCUUGCCAAAUGCAAUAUUCUAGUUCCUUUUUUAUAAACAUUAAACAACAAGAAUUUAAAAGAUCAAUACACUGUGCUUUAGCAUAAUAUCUCAGCCAGACAAGUCAUUUUGUGACAAAAAACAUUGACCUGUUGAAUACGGAGCAGCUUAAUGAGCUUCGUUCCUUCUACUACUAAACUAAUUAUGAAGUUAACAGAAAAUCAACAGAAAAAAAUAUUUAAGCUUAAUUUCGAGAGUUACACGCAACACUAUUCUAAUGCGCGAAGUACUCUGCCGCUAGCCGCACUUAAGCGAAGACGGAAGUGAAUGGCGGAUAACUCUCUCUUCGUUGUCGCUGUGUCUAGCUUUAGUCGGAGCGGUUGGUUUUUCAGGAGGGAAACUUUACAAGCUUUACCGGGAUUUGAGCUCGAUUAAUUCAUUUCACUUAAUUACCAGAUCAAGUGCAACCAUACUGAAAGGAGUACACAAAUCAUGUCGGGAAUUGCAUUGAGCCGGCUUGCUCAGGAGCGCAAGGCAUGGCGGAAGGACCAUCCUUUUGGAUUUGUUGCCGUACCAACAAAAAAUCCAGAUGGGACUAUGAAUCUCAUGAAUUGGGAAUGUGCUAUUCCUGGCAAGAAGGGGACUCCGUGGGAAGGAGGUCUGUUCAAACUGCGCAUGUUGUUCAAGGACGACUAUCCCUCUUCACCUCCAAAGUGUAAAUUUGAGCCUCCACUCUUCCACCCAAAUGUGUAUCCAUCAGGCACCGUAUGCCUAUCUAUUCUAGAGGAGGACAAGGACUGGAGACCGGCCAUUACAAUAAAGCAGAUCCUAUUAGGUAUCCAGGAACUCUUAAACGAGCCAAAUAUCCAGGAUCCAGCCCAAGCAGAGGCCUACACAAUCUACUGCCAAAACAGAGUAGAAUAUGAAAAAAGAGUUCGAGCACAGGCCAAAAAAUUCUCCCCCUCGUAAGGGUGACGACUUUGCUCCGCUGCAGCAGAAGGAAUGGGUUUAACAAGAAUCACCUCCCCUCUCAGUCUCUCGAUGAAUGUGCUCCUCUCACACCGGACUUGCUUAAAGACUCCUAUUUAAACUCCACACAUUCUGUGCCAUCCGCUCUCUUCUGACCUUCAACCUUCAUUUUUUUUCUGUUUUCCAUGCUAAUUUGCCGGUUGGCUCAUAACUGCUGGGAGGGGACGGGUGCUCCGACACCCCGGUCAUUUCUUUUUAAACGUUUAUUGUCUUAUGUGGUGCGAAGGACACAGCUCGGUACCAGUUUCAUUAACGUAAGCUGGCUGUCAUCAGUGUUCAUGGAAGAAAACGUCUUUACUUUGCUCCUUCACAGGGUCUAUUCUUUGGUCCCUCCCUCUCUUCCUUCCCCCGCCCCAACUUUUGUUUUCCAUGGUUUAUGUAAACCUUAGCUUAAUUCAUUGUCAGUAUUUGGACUGCUGUAUAAUGAAUGGCACUUUUAUACUGUCGUAUCUCACUAGUGUCUCUAGAUGGCUCUCUGUCUAAUUCUCUCUCCCAGGUUUUCUAUUCAGCAUGCUGUAAUAUAUGAUAGAUUCUGCUGCCUUGGCUGUCUUUUUGUUAUUCAGAGUGUUUGCUAUGAAAUAAAUAAAACAUGGCCACAAUGACUGAGGCAGGUAGGCUUACUUCUGUAUCAGACUCUAAGGUUAUACGGUGCUUUGUUCAUGUAUGUGUUGGCGUAAAUAAA